AUGGUCUCUUCACAACCAUUUUCGCGCAUCCUCUCUGCGGAGAUUGAUGGCCGGUGCCAGAAUAUUCGCUAUCGUCAGAAUCAGCUGCACCGUCUGCAGUCGGCUCUAGUUCAGCAUGUGGAGGACCUCAGGGAGGCUAUCCAGAAGGACAGCGACAAUUCUACAGAGGAAAUUCAGGCGGAGAUUUGCCUUGCGCUUUCAGAAAUCAGGACGCAUUAUCUCCCCUUGAGUCUGGAGAAAGACCUUGAGCAAGAAUAUCGUGUCGCACAUGGCAAAGACAACGCUGAUGGAAAACGUGGAGCGGGUGUUGUGUACAUCGUGCCUUGUUCCCAUACCAUGUUCUAUUCCAUAAUCUCAGCACUGAGCGCCGCGAUUGCAGCAGGCAACUGUGUGAUUCUUGAGGUUAGUAGCUCGCACGUCAUUCAUUCCCUAACGAGAUCUGACGCCUCACAGCUGGCUCAAACGACGAUGUUUCUGCCCCGUCUUUUGCGAAAAAUCCUCACGCAAGCCCUUGACAAUGACACCUUUGCUGUUAGCGAGGAGAGACCAGAACCUGCCUUCUUAGACCGCGUGCUCAUGGUUGUGCAACAUGAUUCUGGAACCGCCUCCAAUCGCAGUCUUGUCUCGUCCACAGGGCGAACGGUGGCAGUAGUCGAUCGCACAGCCCAUAUCAACGAGGCCGCCGAGGCCCUGGUCACCGCACGAUUUGCCUUUGGUGGUCGGUCACCAUAUGCUCCUGAUGUUGUUCUAGUGCAGGAAUUUGCUAUGAAGCCGUUCGUGGAGUCAGUCAUUCAGCAUGCCUCGAAACUUCUCGCAGGUCAGAAUGGAGAAGCCCGCAAGAAAGCUGUGAACUCAGGGCGAUCUAGCCCUGGCGCAUCACUUGUUGACCUCGCACGGAAGGAUCCUAGUUGCCGGAUCUUGGUUUCUGGUACUGGAUGGGGGAUUAUCGAAGUGCAGGACCGGAAAUCACCACUGCUGCAGAGAAAGGUUGACGAGAGAGUCCUUAUCCUUCACCCCUCAACCAGCUUGGAUGAUGCAAUUGAUUUUAGCAACUGUAUGGGAACAUUGACGGCGACAUAUGCAUUCGCCAUUCCAUCGGCGGCCAAAUACCUGACCCAGUUCAUCGAUGCCCAUAUUUCCUGGGUGAACCAUGUGCCCCUAGACAUGCUCAUUGGACCUGCACUGCCGGUGAACAGCGUUCUGAGUGAUACGCGAUAUACCCCCGAGCUCCUGCAGGUUACUCGACCACAGUACAUCACACAGAGUAGCAAGACAGCUCUUGUGAAAGCAGUAUUAGACACAUCAAAGAAUGGUGACACGGCCUGGAAAGAAGCAAUCUCCCCAUUGCCGUCGACUAAGCAGCGCGCUGGUUUCCAUAUAGGAUUCUUCGAACAAGGCAUCAUCACGGGAGGUCUUAUCACUCUUUUCUCUUUACUGGCCACGGUAUCAACCAUUGGAUACUAUACAUUUGUGGUUGUGAAGAGGGUCCGGUCAUAA